AUGAAUGUAAAUGGGAUUAUUUGGUUUGGCGUCAUUUUUUGGAUACUGAGUUUUGCUGCACUCUUCCUUAGUGUCACGAUCGGAUUUUAUAUUAACAAAAAUUUCCUUACCUAUAUAUUUACCGAACAUGAGCUGACAGUCAUAAUGACUGUGAGUGGAAUCUAUGGCUGCUGGCUGGUUCUGACUGCCAGUACUGCAGCAAAUAUAGCCAAAACGAUGCAACUUUUGGCUUUGGUUAUAUUUUUUCUUCAAACAUGCGUCAGCGUUGUCCUGGAGGUUACCGUUUUAUACCGCGUUUUUGCUAAUCGCGAGUACUACAUUGAACUGGUACUACAUAAAACAGUGUCAACACUAGUGGAAGCCUAUCACAUUUCCGAGCGUGCAAGGAAAGUACUGGAUAAUGUACAUUACUCCUUUGAUUGUUGUGGACUUACCCAGUGGCACACCGAAUGGUGGCUUGACAUAAGUGGUCAUGUGAAAAAUGAAUUGAACAGUUCGUUUGCUUGGGUUCCGGAAAGCUGCUGUCUUCCUCAUCUUCGAUCGAAGGACUGUGGCUUUGCAACUCCCAGAGCAAGACCAUCACAGGACAAGUUGAUGGAAAAUGACCUGCUGGAUUUCCAGGAACCCGGGGAAAGUGUUUACUUUCAAGCUGGAAGUAUUGCAGCGGCUAGUUGGUACAAUAGACUACUUAACGAGCCAUGCCCUGAUCUAAUUAAAGACUAUCUUGGUGAACUUCCAGUAUACGCUCUCAUGCUCAUUAUAGCACUAGCAGUCGGGAAGGCUACCAUAAGUUUCGCUGCGCUCAUGUCCUUAUUCAAGAGAGAUUAA